AUGGCAAAGGACAAGGGCAAGGCAAGGACUGUUACUAUCUACGUGAAUAGUAACAGCCCUUACAAAAGGCUUGUGGUGUUUCCACCCAUUGUCAUGGCAACCACUAUUCACAUGAGAUAUGAGGAAAUGAAUUUGUAUAGAGUUUUGGUGUGGGAACAAACCAAGACUAGAGCACGGGAUCGUUUUGCCUGCGGGCUGGCCUGGUUUCGUGGGACCCACAACUUGCUAAAGCAAGUUUGGCCCGUUGGAAGGCGUCGCCUAAGCUUGGACCCUGUCCUGCCCUUGGCUUGGGGCAACCGAUGGAAUAGCUUUAAGAGUAGUUACCUUGCUGGUUAUCCUGUGCAAUAUUAUGAUACCAUCUCAAAAUAG